UGAACAGGCCCUGCUUCUGCUUUUGAAGAAGAAUUAUAAUACAAGAGUCAAUCGAAACAAAACCAUUUUGACUUGUUUGUUUCGUUUUGGGAAGAAAAAUAAAAAUGGAAGACAAUAUUAUGGAUAUAGUUGUGGUUGGAGUGAUUUCAUGGACGACAGCUUUUCUGUUGACAAGGAAGUGGAUCUUCCCAAAGCGGUCGUUUGGAUUCUGCAGCCGAAUUGUUUCUACGAUUCAUGCAACUUUAGCUGUAAUCUUAUCCUCUCUCUCUGUUCAAGAUUGGAGCUGCCCUGCUUGUCCUCUGGCUUCAAUGGCUUCCCCAAAGCAGAUGGAAACUCUGGCAGUGAGCCUGUCUUAUAUGAUGUAUGAUUUAGUAUGUAGCUCCUUUGACAAGGAAGUCGGUCUCGACAAUUCGAUCCACCAUCUGGUCAGCAUCGUCGGAUUUGGAGCAGUCCUGGCCUAUGGGAGGUGUGGAUCGGAGGUGGUAGCUGCAUUAUGGAUAACAGAAAUCUCCACCCCUUUCCUCCACCUGAGGGAGCUCCUGAAAGAGCUUGGAUAUAGGGACACUGACCUUAAUUUGGCAGCCGAUAUUUUGUUUGCAGUGAUAUUUACAUUGGGUAGGAUGGUUGGUGGACCUUAUCUCGCUUACGUGACUUUGUCUGCUAACAAUCCGUUUGUGAUAAAGGCAAUGGGAUUGAGCAUGCUUCUGGUUAAUGUCUUCUGGUUCUACAAAAUCCUUCGGAUGGUGAAGUACAAAUUGAGCAAGAGGACAUCUUAAACUGUUGAACCAAAAAAUUGAAGUGGGCAGGAAAGUCAAAGUCGUGCCUCUGUAUUGGCAUGCUCAACAGCCAACCUUAUCUAUCCAUUAAAGAAACGAAAAUAACAAAAAUUACUCGCAUUUGCUUUCAGUGACAAUGAGAAACAAAUGUAGAUAAAAACCAACAACUACAAGCAUAGCGAGUAUACUUUUUUUUUUGAAACAAGACAUUCGAUGUUCAUUAAUAAAACAUAAAGAGAGUUCCUAUUGCUAUCGUAAUACAAUAUUACAAUUGUGAUU